CAAGAAGUCAGAUGUUCCUUUUUUUACAAUAAUUUUUUAAUGUUUAAGUUUAAUUAAUUUAUGUUUAAUUUUGUAGUAUGUUGGGGUUUUUUUUAGAUAUAUGAAAAAAUUUAAGUGGUUUCAUUCUAAUAAAAUUAUCACCAAAUCAAUUUUAAAUAAACACAUCUACAAAUGGCCAAAAACAUAAAAUGUGAUUUAACAGUCGAAAACCAAUUAAUAAAGACUAUGCCAGCAAAAAUUUUCGGUGAAGAAUUAAACGAUAAAAAGGCUAGAGCAAAACUUGGGUGGACUCAAAAACAUUCUAGUUUCAAUAAAAAAGAAACCGAAACUAUUUGUGAUAAUGCGUAUCAACAUCGAACAAGUAGUAAACUUUUAAAAAAUGAAAAAAAAGGUAGGCCAACGGCAAAUCCGACCACAGUUUGCCUGAAACCUGAAACCAAUUAUGAUUGUAAAGAAGGAUUUGCUCAAAGACUAAGGCAAGCAUGGAUUGAUCGAGAAAAAUCAAAAUCUUGUAUAAAUAUCUAUUUAGCUAGAAACGUCAUAGAAAAUCCUUCUAUGGAAAUAUAUAAUGAUAAUCAAAAUUCAUCAAAUGAUGAUCAAGAAUGCGAUUCUAAUCGUACUUCUAUUGAAGUAAAAAUUCAAAGUCAAGUUGGUGAAAGUGAAAACUCUUGUGACUCUUGUGAAGAAGAUAAAACUCAGUCAGCAGCAGUGAGACGUGUUAAAUUUUACAAUAGCUUUAAGAAAAAUGACGAUAAUAAUUCCAUAACAAGAGUUAUGUCAGCUCCUUCGUCAAGAAAUCAAAAAGUGCAUAUUGCUAAAAAACAACGGUUAAUAGGUUUGCGAAGACAAUCACAAGAAAUAAAUAGGCCUUCAGCUAGAAAACUGAAAUCAUGUCGAAGUAAAGCAUUCCAUAAGAGUAUAGACGAAGAGACUCAACAACUGAAUAAACAUCGAUCAAUAAAAAAACAUCAAAAUACAGAAGUAAUAACAAUGAUGUCACUUUUAAGUCCUGUUGGUAGCGAUGUUGAAGAAAGAUUUCCAAAUGAAAUACCUGCAAAAAUGGUUACAUUUCCUCAAUUCAGCUAUAAUAUGCGAUAUCAUCAAAAAUCUUUUGACAGUGUGGUACAAUCAAUUGAACAACCUAAGCUUCUUACUAAUCGCGUGGGAAAAUCAUUAAUAAAAUACAAAACGCUUGAUUUAACAAGAAAUGAAGGAAAUACAACAAUUCAAGAAGAAAAAGGAACCUUGCAUCAUGAAAUAAAUAAUGACGAAAGUCACAAUGAAAAUAUUGUAUCUGAAGUACUCACGAAUAAUUAUGAAGUUAUCGAUGGUCAACCUUUGUUCAAAACCGCCAAAGAAAAAGAGUGUUGGACCCUUUUCAAGAAAAUGACAGACAAGGGAAUUUCUGUAACUUUUGAUACGGUUCUAAGAGGGAUGCUGACCCCCACCGAAUACAGAUUAAGAAAAAACGAACUGUUAUCGUAUGGCUAAGUAAAGUGUUAUGCAGUUUUAAACAAAAUGCAGUAUCUUGGCUGUUUUGCUAACGCUUGCGUCUAUUUAGACUUAACCUGAUAAUUAAUAGCUUAGGGCCUAUUGUUUUUAACACGAUUUAUGACUAUGGCCAAAAUAAUAGUUGCUGUUGUAACAUAGUACAUACUCUAAGUAGGCCCUAGUGAAAUGACUGUUUAAUCAUUUCAAAGACAAUGAGAAAAGUCUUAAAAAAUAAAAACACAUUUAAAGAACGGUGUACCCGCUGAUCAAAUUCAUAAACCUCUAAUUCGCUUAUACUCUCAUAUGUAGACUGACUCAA